CCCCACCCGUUUGACUUCAACUCUCUCAAGUCACAACUUGAACCAAAACUUUAUCUCGUUGAAUCCAUCUUGGGAAAUAGAUAAAGAAUGCGUGGAGGACGGGGCUGUUGUAAUACACAGUAAGCAGUCGGUAAAGCAAAGUUGCCCAAAGGUUUUUGUUUUGUUGUUGCUUUCGGUGAUGUGACUGGACCACCCGACAAGGACUAUGAGCAACAACGACAUCUUCGAGAUGGACUCCGUUUCUGAGACGGAUGAGCUGGAGGGUGAAACUAUUUUGGGCAUGAUGGACGAGGAAGUUGUUUACCCCCAGGAGUUUUUACCAACGUAUCACAGUAUUAAAGAAGGAGCAACAGUCCCCAAAGCACAACUGGCUGAGUUCAACAACAAGCCAGACUCCUUGUUCUUCAAUGACGGCGUGAGGAGGAUCGACUUCAUCCUGGCCUACGAAUCUGAAGAUAAGAAGGACUUUGAGAAGAGGCGCACGUUCCAGCGGCGCAAGACGCGGCGAGAGUACUUUGAGGCCAGCCUGAUGAAGAUGGGAAUGGAACUGGAGGCGACAAAAUCUGUAGCAGAUGAGAAACUGAUGUUUGUGAAAGUCCACAUGCCGUGGGACGUGCUGUGCACCUACGCCGAGGUCCUGCACAUCAAGCUUCCCAUCCAGCCCAACGACAUGUCCUCGCGCCCCUCCCCGUGGCGCUUUUUGUCCUGCAUCACCAAGCACUUCUACCCCAACGAAGACCUGAUCACCAAGGAGGCGGAGUUCUUCACCGCGCCCUUUGAGAAGGACCGUCUGGAGAACUUCUACGUGAAGGACAAAGAUGCCUUCUUCACCCCGUCCAUGAGGAGCAGGAUGGCAUUUUACAUCUUAAGUCGUGCCCCUUAUGAAAUACGAGGGAACAUUAAGAAGUUUGGCAUCACCAAACUGCUGGAUGGAGGAGUGUACAAAGCUGCCUAUCCCCUCCACGACUGCAGGUUCAAUGUCAAGUCCACUGAGGAGGGCUACCCCAACGAGAGAUUUCUGCUCUAUGAAGAAUGGGCUCAUCCCAAAAGCUUCUACAAGAUGCAACCACUGAACCUCAUUAGGAAGUAUUAUGGGGAGAAGAUUGGCAUUUACUUUGCCUGGUUGGGUUUCUACACAAUAAUGCUGGCUGUGGCUGCUGUUGUGGGACUGGGUUGUUUCAUUUAUGGAUACAGGACUCAAGACACCAGCACCUGGAGCAAAGAGGUGUGUGACCCCGACAUUGGAGGGAAUAUUGUGAUGUGUCCGCAGUGUGACAGAGAAUGCAUGUACUGGAAGUUGAACAGCACCUGUGAAGCUUCAAAAAAACUUUGCAUAUUUGAUAACUUUGGAACCUUGGUGUUUGCAGUUUUCAUGUCAAUCUGGGUCACUUUGUUCCUGGAGUUUUGGAAGCGUUACCAGGCAGAGCUGGAGUACGCGUGGGACACUGUGGAGUUUCUGGAGCAGGAAGAACCCCCUCGCCCAGAAUAUGAAGCAAAGUGCAUUUAUGAGAGGAAAAACCCUAUCACAGGGGUUAAAGAAAAGGUGCCCUAUACAGCCUGUGGACGAUGUGUUCGGGUGUCGAUAGGAAUUGGGACGGUCUUAUUCUGGAUUCUGUUGAUCCUGGCGUCCAUAGUGGCCAUCAUUGUUUACCGCCUGGCUGCCUUUUUUGCCUUCUCGACUAAACUCCGAGCUCAAGACCUGAAGGAGCUGGAACCCUUAAAGGAGUAUGUGUCGCCUCAGAUGGCCACUUCUGUCACAGCCUCCCUCAUCAGCUUCGUUGUAAUUAUGAUCCUCAACAUUCUCUAUGAGCGGGUCGCCAUCUGGAUCACAGACUUUGAGCUGCCACGGACGAAGACAGACUACGAGAACAGCUUGACCAUGAAGAUGUUCCUCUUUCAGUUCGUCAACUAUUACUCCUCCUGUUUCUACAUCGCCUUCGCCAAAGGGAAAGCGGUUGGCCAUCCUGGAAAUCCUGUGUAUCUCUUGGGAAAAUACCGGAACGAGGAGUGUGAUCCAGGCGGUUGUCUGAUUGAGUUGACGACUCAGCUCUCUAUUAUCAUGGGGGGAAAAGCCAUCUGGAACAACAUCCAAGAGGUCUUGCUACCGUGGGUAAAAAAUUUGAUUUUCCGCUACUGCACUCGUGGGCCUUCAGAGAAGGUGAUUCCUCGCUGGGAGCAGGACUACCGGCUGCAGCCCCUCUCAAAACUAGGACUGUUCUAUGAAUACCUGGAGAUGGUCAUCCAGUUUGGCUUUGUGACCCUGUUCGUUGCCUCCUUCCCUCUGGCUCCGAUCCUGGCUCUGGUCAACAACCUGUUUGAGAUUCGGGUUGAUGCUUGGAAAAUCACCACUCAGUUUCGCCGCUUCGUGCCAGAGAAGGCCCAGGACAUAGGGGCGUGGCAGCCCAUUCUUCAAGGCGUCGCUAUAUUGGCUGUUGCGACAAAUGCCAUGAUCAUCGCUUUUACAUCCGACAUGAUUCCACGGUUGGUCUACUACUGGUCUUUCUCUGUGUACCCAUAUGGAGAUUACCGUAAUAACACCAUGCAGGGCUACAUCAACAGCUCGCUGUCUAUAUUCAACAUCAGCGACUUCUCCGACAGUAGCAAGCCCAUGAAGACACUUUACAAUAUCACCACCUGCAGGUAUCGAGAUUUUCGGUAUGCUCCCGGGCACCCGAAGCAGUAUGAGUACACUAUCUACUACUGGCAUGUGAUCGCUGCCAAAAUGGCUUUUAUAAUCGUUGUAGAGCACAUUGUGUACCUUACGAAGUUCAUCCUGUCCUACGUGAUCCCAGACGUCCCGUACGCUGUCAGAGAACAGAUCAAACGAGAGAAGUACUUGACCCAGGUUGUCCUCCACGAGACCAACCUCAAGCUGGUGACCAAACGUAUGAAACCAGUCGACGACGAUACUGUGAAGUACGCGAAGGUGAACCUGACCGGGGAGGAGAUGGAACUUGAUUUCUGAAAGUAAAAUGUAUGGAAGAAGACAUCAGACCAUCCUGUAUAUACAUGACUACCCAGUUUUUUGCAGCACCUCCCCACAUCUGCUGAAAUGCUGACCAACACCUUGUGAACCAGUAACAAAAUUAAGACCUGGAACAAGGUAUGGACCUCAAGGGACUGUUGGACAAAGAAAGGAGAAACCACUUGUAUAGUCUUCACCUCUGUCUACUGUUUUCAUACUCUUGACUCCCUGUCAGGUGAAAGUGUGCAAAAGGGAAAAAAACAGUGCAUCUAGUAGCCUCAAUCAACUCUAAGAGUGGCUUUUUUUUUAAUUUUAUUUUUUACUUUCCUCUCAGACUGACCAAGAUAACAGACAGGAUGAUUUGCAGCUGGCAGUGCCAGUGAACAAACUGAGAGUAGGACAAUCAAGUAAUAUGGCAGUGUUUUGCACUACCUUAUCAACUAAGGUUGGAGUUCAAUACUAUUUGUUAAAAUCUGAAGCCAGUAUUGAUUUUAAAUCUUAUUAGCAGCAGCUUUUACCAAUUUUAAACAACAAAACGUAUUAUCUAAACUCAAAAAACUCAGAUAGGAUGAAGCACAUCAAGCUAAAUGUCUUGCUGGAUGUUUUUAUACAUUGAUUAUUGCAACCUGGUUUGAGGGUUACAGCAAAGAGACACCGAUGUCAAAUCAGUGCCUCACACUUUGAAGCUUAGUUAUGAACACCAACUUUUUUGUAGGCUAAGCAAAAUGGCACUGAUAGGACUUCACAUCCGUGUUGGUCUAAAAUGAAAGAUAUACUUUGGUCAUUUUAGUUAAAUGCUGUCAUGAAAUAUCAGUAUUAUUAUAUACAAAAAAUGUUUUUUUCUUACACUUUCCUCUGUAGUCGAAUUACAGAGCUGAGGUGAUCUGUCGAAUAGCUCACAAUGUUACAAGUGAUGAUCUACCACGAGUUAGAAUAGUCAUGGACUAACUGACCUAAAGCCAGAUAUACUGACUAAAUGUGCCUUGAACACCUUUUUAUCUCUGUAAGCUUUUUAAAAAAAUGUAAAUGUUGUAAUAUUGUUGAUGGGAUUCAAUUGCACUUACAAUUACAGCCAUUUUAGAAAGUACAUUUAUAUCACAAUUCCAAAGUAAUGCCAUGUAAAGGUUUAAUGUAUUCAAGUUGACAAACCACACGAAUGAUUCAAACUGAAUGCUAUUUCAGCAUUUUAACUAGCCAAUAUUUUAAAUUAAAUGAAUUAAUUGCAGCCCUGUGAAGUAGUUUAGUUGAUAAUGGAAGUAUAGUCUGCCUCCUUCUCUAUUCAUGUACUAUCAUCUACUGUACUGUUAUGCACUUUUUACUUACCAAGUUCCACUCCUGUGCCAUGAACACUGCAAUGUACAAUAUUUUGAGCUGCAAGUUAUCCUGUGAUUAUAGGCAAAACAGUAAUGUAGUCUUCUCCUGUGUCGUCGCUGCAUUAUUGCCUCGCCUUGUGAUUUAAACUAUGGUACUAUAUCCAACAUGUAUGCAAACAGUAUCAUAUACCAGCAAUAUCUGAUGAUGCAUAUAUCUCUUGUCUUUUUUGUUUUAUAAUGUCAGUGCCAUGAAAUGUGUUUUAAGUCUGACUUUAAGACCCUCAAAGGAUUAAAAAAAACUU